CGCUACCCGGCUGCGUCAGCGCUGGGUAAAUAGAUGACUGGCCAACGGCUCGGGCGGGGCUAUUUAAGAGGCAGCCUCCUGCCCGCCUACCAGGAACUUGGCUCGGCUCCCCCGCUGCUCUGGCAGGAACGCGAAGCCGGUCGUGUCCUGUUCCGAAGCCAUGAACGGUGGCUUGUGCCUGUGCGUGCUGAUGGCUGUCCUGGCGGCGGGCGCCCUGGCGCAGCCCGUGCCUCCCGCGGACCCCGCGGGCCCCUGGGCGCAGCAGGAGGACGAAGCCCCGCGGAGGCAGCUGAGGGCCGUGCGGAGAGUGGACGACGAAUCCCGAGCGCACCUGGGCGCGCUGCUGGCCAGGUACAUCCAGCAGUCUCGGAAAGCUCCUUCUGGCCGAAUGUCUGUAAUCAAGAACCUGCAGAGCCUGGACCCCAGCCACAGGAUAAGUGACCGGGACUACACUGGCUGGAUGGAUUUCGGCCGGCGCAGUGCCGAGGAGUAUGAAUAUACCUCCUAGAAGACCCAGCCUUCAUCAGCACAACAGGAGGCAAACUCCUGACUCAGAGGAGGCAGAAUAAGAAAACAAUCACGCUCAUAACUCGUUGUCUCUGACGUCUGACAUUUAAAGUAUCUAUUUAUUAAGUGUUCAAUGUGAAAAAUCUGUCUGUAACGUUGUCCAAUGUAACCAUGCACCUUAGCACAAAUGUACAAGUGGAAGACAAAAUGUUUCCCUCAUCUGUGACCCACGCUCCCCGUUCUUAAAGUGUUGCUAUGCUAUUAAAGUGAUUUCAUUCUG